CCCUUUUCCAAAUUAGAAAUCAUUGUAGAAUUUGUUUCCCUGCACAGGCCGCCCGCCCGCGCGCGCGCUUUACUCACCUCUAAUUUGCGCAUCCGGACUCGGAGACACUGAUGCUUUCUUUGCCUUCGUAGCCGUGGCUGAACCCCAGCGGAGCCAUGAGUACUCAGGAGGUCCCCAACGCCAGCCUGAAGCAGGGCGACACGCCCACCGAGACGCUUUCCGCCCAGGCCGUACCUGCCGCUUCGCCCAAGACCACUGCCCAUCAGAUGAAGACCGAGCCUUGCCGCACGCCCACCACCUCAACCAGCAACGGCAAAGAGUGCGACGGCAGCCUUCCUGCUGAGAUCUGCGUGGUGAUCGGGAGUCCUCGCAAUUCCCAAACUCAGGGCUCCUACGUCUGCCGAGUGUGUGGGAAGAAGUACAAGUACUACAACUGCUUUCAGACGCACGUCCGUGCUCACAGAGAAUCUGAGAGCACCUUGCCCACGGAACCGUCGCCUCACGGCCCGAACAAUGCUUUCCGUUACACCUGUGAUAUUUGUGGGAAGAAGUAUAAAUACUACAGCUGCUUUCAGGAGCACAGAGAGCUGCAUGCCGUGGACGAUCCGUACGAUCACGUGAUUCCUGUGGAGGAGCCAAAGGAAGAGAUCGAACCCUAUCAGAAAAUCGGACCAAAAACGGGAAGCUACACGUGCGAAUUCUGUGGAAAACAAUAUAAAUACUUCAACCCUUAUCAGGAGCAUGUGGCACUUCACACUCCAAUGAAAAGCUCGUUCGGUCUGAAAAUCGAAGGGAAACCGGCGGUGCGGCCGAGCCGUGGAGAUGCCAACAGCUCCCAGAGCUCCAACGAUGCUGCAAGCCCCAUGGUGGCCGGCGGUUUCCCUGCGUCUCAGAAGGCCUACACGUGCGGAUCCUGCGGCAUUCAGUUCCAGUUCUACAGCAACCUCAUGGAGCACAUGCAGUCGCACGCUGCAGAUAACGAGAAUCACACUAAAGAGGACGCUGCUAAAUCAUGCCAAGCCCCUGCACCUUCUCAGGAGCAGACGUGGAAAUCGCCUCAACCUGCCCAGAGGAACCACAUCCCGUCGUCAUUCCAGAACAGACUGCUUCCGGAGAAGGAACGGCAGCAGGUGGCCGAGCGCUUGUUGCGGAUGAUAUGUAACGAUUUGGGUCUACUUGGUGUACUUAGCAGCAAGGACUUCCUCAAGCUAGCCCAAACUCUAGUAGACACAGGCUCCCGCCAUGGCGCGUAUUCCAUCCGCGAUGCUCUCGGUGACAUGAGCACUUUAGCUAUGAAGCAGCUUCCCCGCAUGUACAACCAGGUCAAAGUAAAAGUGACCUGUGCGCUUGGAUCCAACUCCUCCUUAGGAAUUGCUGUGACCUGCCAUUCACAGACUAUUGGGCCCGAUUCCUGCUAUGUGCUGACAGCGUAUCAGGUCGAGGGGGUCCGGCUUCGACGUUAUGUGCUAGGAAUAAAAGAGGCUUCGAUGAGAGAGGGACCGGAGCACGUCCAUCACUGGGUCCAGAACGUCCUGUCUGAGUUCGUCAUGUCAGAAAUUCGCACAGUCUACGUCACAGAGCCACGUUUGUCACUGUUACCUAGUUGCGGCAGGUCCAGUAUUAGCUUGCGGUGUGCUGGAUGCUCUGUGUCGGCCACUAUUCAGGCCGUUCUUGGACGACGUAGCCUUCAGGCCCGGGGCCUCCAUGAACUUGGAGAACUUCUGGCAACAUGCCGUGACAUUGCUGGAAGUAGUAGCUUUAAUCGGGACAGCAAGGCCACAGAUGAGUCUCCACCACCACCUUGCUGGGAUUUGACCGCUGAGGCAUUGAUCAAGGUUCAUGAGAACUUUGAGGCCAUAUGUGAAGUGUAUGGCCGCUGCAAAAGCACAGCACCACUUCUACAAGCCCUCAAUAAGCACCUGCUCAGCACACUAGCCACCCUGCUAGCACCACUGCGCCAGGCAGCCCAGGAGCUGGGGGGUGAUCGUUGGCCCACACUUCAGCAAGUUCUGCCCUCCUACCUUCGCCUGGAGAAGCUCUUUACCUCCAAGGCUGGCGAGGCGGGUUCUGGCAGCAAACUCUGCCACUACUUCUUAGAAGCACUCAAGGAAAACUUCAAGGUUGAGCGAAUCCACCAGGUGGCUAUGAUCUUGGACCCACAGCUCAAGCUCCGACCAGUCCCCGGGUACCAGCACGAGGAGAUUAUCUCUAGGGUGUGCGACAUGGCCGCCACCAUGAAGGAACCAGCUAGCGGAGGCCCAUCCGGGAUCUCAGGAGAUGAGAGGGACAAUGAAAGGCCAGUCGCUCCCAAGCGAGGGCGCAUGGACAUCGGGAUAGAAAGGCCAUCUUGUGCUUCUGAGGAUCCACAGGUUCGGAAAGAGCUGUUUCAGUACUUGGGUGAACCACUCUUCCAAGCCACGGGGGAUCUUUUCCAGUACUGGAGCUCUGUCAUGGACAGAUACCCCAAGUUGUCCCGGUUGGCUUUGUGGCUCCUGGCAGUGCCCGCCAUGGGUGUCCGCAGCGAAUGUGUGAGCAUCUGCGAGCAGACCUUCGCUUUAAAAAGGAAGCGAGAGGUCACAGCUGAGGAAAUGAACAAACUCGUCUUCCUCAAGUGCAAUUUUGCCUGAGGUAGAACAAGGCCACCAGUCAGCACUACUGACUCUUUGUGAAAGAUACACUAAAGUAUUUAGUAUCUAGAUGUUGGUCUAGAUUUACUUUGUAGCUUCUUUACAUCAUCGGUCAGAACUUCUUAUUCUGGAGCAAAAACUUCCUUCUUUAUCCAACGUCUAUGAACGACGUACAGUUAAGGAGUUCUUUCUGUGGACAACUGCUGUGGAGCAAUAUGUUAUCGAGCAGAUAUCACCUACACACACCUCAAACCUCAACUUUCUACUGCCCUUGGUAACCUAGCAGUGAAAAAGAUAAAGCCCUAAUACGUGGAUAGAAACUUGUUGUCGAUGCUUGAAUCAUCUAAACCAAAACAUGGACACACUGUAUCUGUCGUUUUUUUUUUUUUAUUUUAUUUUAUUUUUUUUUUUGUCAACCAAUUAGUCUGCUAGAAUGUUUUUCCCAGUUUUAUCCUUUGCUUUUCCUGCCUGCAUUGUUCAUUUCUUCCCAUCCUGGGCUGCCAAAAUCAAUAACCUACUUUGCUUUUCUUGCUGUACAAAUGACCUCUUAGUUAUCAGGUCUUGAAAAUGAUUUCAGGUAACCUAUGUGCAUUUCUUCUUUCAGUGUUUCUAAACUAAAGUUCUUCACUGGGUGCUCACUUCCACUCGUUCGACUAACUAAUUUGGUGUUUUUAAUAUAUGCUUCUUUCAAAUCCGUAUUUUUAACGGUCCGUACUGAGGGAAGAUGCCACGUAUUGCACAGUUUGAAUCUACAUAUGCAUGAGGAAUCAAAUAUUCAAAUUUUAUUCUAAAUGCAUCCGUUUCGUCGCAGUUGGUGAGUAUAACCCCCUUCCGAGCUCAGCAGGGUCUAACGUAUAGAGCUUCAACCUGCUCUGAAGAUCAUAUACAAGAAUUCAUCUUCUACAUAUUCGUGAUUAUGUUGGCUGUGAGACUGUGUUGAUGGACACAGAAUAGAAUAACAGCUCACAAGCAGAUGUACAAUGUAAUCAUUUUUGCAACAUUGGCCCAGACGGCUGCGACAUGUUAACGAGCCUCCCGCGCACUUCCAGAAGGGUUUAUCUAGUACCAAAUUUUCUUCCUGAUUUCGGACAUUCCAGAUUGGAGAUUCUGUGUGUGUUUUUUUUUUUUGUUUUUUUUUGGAGUCAAGGAACGUACACGAUCCAAAUAAAGACUAGUUUGAAGCUACAUCUGACAUACAUCUACAUAUCCUACUGGGUUCUUCAGUUUUUCCCAUUGGUUUUGUGUAGAACCCUAAAACCUAGAAUCCAAAGUUCAACCAUUUUUGGAAAACUGCAAUUAUUCCCUAUCCAAAAAAAAAAAAAAAAAAAUGGCAUAAACCACAGAAAAAGGUUGGACCCUUGAGCAAGACUUUCAACCCUGAAACUACUGUACUAGAUACUGCAUUAGGUAAAAACACUACAUUUAAAAACAACUCUGAUUUUGUGUGGUGGUCUGAAAAACACUGCAUAAUUCUUUAUUACUACAUCAUUUUUACUAUAUACUUUUCGAGGAAAAAAAAUACACAUUAUUUUAAGUUUUGCAUGUGUGAAUUUAAAACUUCGGAUAUCACCAAAAAUGAAAUUUGCUUUUAAAGAGUUCCUUCUAAACGAAGCGUUAGACAUUUUUUUAAAAGUUGGUAUCUAAGUUCAAUUUAAAUUGUCAAGACUUAUGUCAGUGUUUCUUCAGCAUGUAUCCAUCCAAAAAAACCUCCAUCCUCGUUUAACGUGGAGAAUUAAUUCACUGUGUGAGGAAAUUGCUUUUAGCUAGUCAGGUUUUAGACGUUUUCAGGCAGACCGACUGUUUUUACCAGCAUGUUUAAUCGACGCCGUCUUUGCAGACGAGACACAAAAAGGCAUGGUUAGAAAGUAGACUAAAUAAAUAAAUAAAAAAUUCAUUUCAAUUCAAUUUUUUUUGAAAGUCAAAGUAAGUUGUAGGCAAAACAAAAAAAAAAAGAUUUCGUCAAAACAUGAUGUUAGGUUCCGUCUGCAAAUACAAACAAAACUUGCACCUUUUUAGUCACAAUAUGUCUGACUAUUGUGUUCAAACAUCUCUAUAUAGUUCCUGACUGAAAUUCCUAAUUAUAAGAGGAAUUUCAACGUCUUGGUAUCAGUGCUGGUGUCUUAUCAACGCUCUCACGCUACUUUAGGGAUAGAUUUCUUUGCCAUUUAUAAAGUCUUAGAAAUCUGCUUUCUGGGACGUCCGUUGUGUUUUAAAAGAAACAAAAGAAAACAUGUUUGAGUUGAGUAUGAAUAGAGGGCAGCUGUAUUAGUUCUGCUUGCAGCCGCCAUAUUUUUAAACUUUUAAUUGUCCUGUCUUAUAAUGCACUGGAGUUCUAAAAACCAAAUGGAAAAUAGUGUUAUUAGUUCCUUUCAUUUCUCUUUCUUUUUUUUUUUUUCUUUUUUAAUUGGUGAACGAUUAUUCAAGGACGGAAUCGAAGAGCUUGUUAAAACGACCCUUCCCGGCUGUUUGUCAUGGCGAGACUUGAUCGUCUCUCUCUGUUUUGUAAACUCCAGUUACAAAGUGUUCUGAAGAUGUACGGACGUCAUGGAUGUUUCUUUCUGUUCGUUGCUUUCACAAAGUUUCUCAGCGAUGUUUGAGCUUGAGUCGAGAAGAGUUAAGCUGGAUGUUGUUUUUUUUCUUGUUUAUGUUUUUAAUAUACACAAGAGGGCGCCGUUAAGCUCCUGCUUUUUGGUAGGAGUGGCCAAGCUCCUUACCUCCUUUUGUAUACACAACUUUGAUAAGAGUUCAGAAACCGGUACUGUUUUUAUUUUCUGUUUUUUAUGCAUCCAGGGGUGAACGUAUUGGUUCAGACUGCCAAGGAAGCAUCAGAUUGUUCUCAUCAGCAUAUUCACAUUUGCAAUAUUUAAAUACUUAUUUUAGGGACUCAUUGUUUUUUUCUGCUAAGUGCAAAAAGAAACCAAUUGUCGCUUUUUUUUUUUCUUUUUUUUUUUUUUUUUUUAGUAGUUCUUUUUUUUUUUUAUGACUGUAUGACUUGUUUGAACAGUAGGUCUAAUUUAUACUUUUUUAGCAGCACUAUUUUUAUAUCUAUAUAUAUGGUUAAUAAUAGAACUUUAACUCAUUACUGAUUCUCAGUAGUACACCAAGCGCUGUGCAGCAUCCUCAGAAUCUAUCAUGUACUGUGUGGAAAUAAAACAUACUGAAACAGGAAA